ACCCCUCACCUUUUUUCUCACACACCUGUACGCGUCUUCUCAACCGUCAGGAGUGUGUGCUGCUGUAGGGAGCGCCGAUUCGCUGGUUUUAGGCUGUUCCAAACACUAGUUGUUCAGGAGGUUUGGUUUUUUCAAGCAGUAAAAAGUUUUACUCAUAUCAAUUUGGAAAACUUUUACAAAUUAUGCCAAGUUUUCCUGUAUAUAGUGAUAAAUACAAAGCUGUAGGAUAGUUGCCAGUUCACCUUAAAACUAAAAUGUCCCAAGAAAUUUACUACAAGAGUGGUAAGAAUAUUUCUUUCCAUAAAUCUUUAGAAAAGUUUUCUGUUUUUUAGAAUGAUGUCUAGGGUUAGGAAAAGACCAGUGAAGUUAUUAAGCUUUAUUAUGCAUUACUUUCUUUACAAAGACCAUCUCAAAAAACCCUCAAUUAUACCCAUUGUCGAGUAUGGUGUUGGAGCAGUGAUGACUUUUGUGCAGCCACGAAUGGCUUACACUUUUUCUAAACAGAAAGGAUCCUAAGAAAAAUGCCAGAUAGUCUUUCCAACACAUAAAGUGUGGUUAAAAUCAAGUCAGGCAAAAUGCAGCAUCUCAUCUUCUGCAGAAUUUAAAAAAAAAUGAUCAAGAUUUUGAAAAUGCCCACUCAAAAUCCAGCCUUUAACCUAAAUGAGUUGUUGAAAUAGAUGUAAAAGCAAAUGACCAGAAUCUUGAUGAUUAGGAACAAUGUUGAAAAGAAGAAUGAACCACAACAUCUCCAUAACAACAUUUUUUUCUUUUUUGUUAAAAGGUUGAUACACAUAGAUAAGAAAUCAUCGUAUUAUUGUUUCUCUGAGAAUUUAUUUUUGUCUAACACCAGAACCAGCCACUAUAAAAUUACUUUUUUUUAUUCCUAAAAUCAUAUUUUUACUCACUACAUAAUUGAAGGAAGGGGUACUAACUUUUACCAAUGAGUAAGCUUACACAGUCAAGCAUUUCUAAUUCUCAUUUACAGCAAAUUUCUCCAAAUUUUUAUGGAUAUAAUAUUAUCAACAUGGUAGUUGCAGAGGUUAAGCUAAGAUUCAUUCUAUGAAAUAUUUAACUAACACUACAGUGUACAUGAGCCUCUGUACAUGUAAUGGACAUUGGAGUUGUGCCUGAAUGUGGAGUCAAAGACUGGAGAUGCUUUUUGUGAUGGUUCAUUGUCACUGGAUGAUAGUUCUACUAACCGUCACCCUUUCUAUCCUUCUCACACUACAAUCUUUCCCUCUGGCCUCCAUCCCCACAACCUUUGCGGGCAGCAUAUGCGCGAGGCUGCGGAGAGAAGGCAGCAGCUAGAGUUGGAGCAUGAGCAGGCCUUGGCUGUUCUCAAUGCAAAGCAGCAGGAAAUUGACCUUCUUCAGAAGGCUCAGGUUGAGGCUAAAAAGGAGCAUGAAGGUGCUGUUCAUCUGUUAGAGGCCAAAGUGCGAGAGCUGGAGGAAAAAUGUCGGUCUCAGAGUGAGCAGUUCAACCUCCUGUCAAAAGAGCUGGAGAAGUUCCGGCUCCAAGCUGGGAAGUUUGACAUCCUCAACACUGAGUCCCUGACGGUGUACGACUCGCCCGGCUCUCCCAACAAGUCCUUGUCACAGCUCCUCAAUGGAUUGGCCCCCGUAGGAAAAGGCAAUGAUGCUCCAACAAGCAAAUCCUUGAUAUCCGAGUUCAUUCGACCACUCCAGAUCAGUGGAGACAAGCCCGAGCUCCUCUCCGUAAAGCCAACGUUUCUGAGUCGCAGUCGAGCCAGCAGCCCAGCACAGGCUUUGCUUUCUGAGAUGGACAAAGAGCUCCGCUCAACCAUUAGAUCCAAACCCCGGUUUACAGGGAAAGUCCGUCUGUGUGUUGCCCGGUAUAGUUACAAUCCAUAUGAUGGGCCCAAUGAGCACCCAGAGGCUGAGCUCCCCCUGGUGGCAGGGAAGUACCUUUACAUUUACGGAAAUAUGGAUGAGGAUGGCUUUUAUGAAGGGGAGCUUCUGGAUGGACAGCGAGGACUGGUUCCGUCAAAUUUUGUUGAUUUUCUCCAAGAUGAGAAGACAUCCUCAGUCCAACAAAGGGAAGCAGUGGCUAAAGAACCUGGCUACCUCAAUCACAGUAGCCUGGGGUCUCAGCAACUUUCUGCCUGCACAGCAAGCAUAAGCAGCCUGCUUUCUCUCAGCAAACAGGACAGUCUAAGCACCAGCAGCUUGGGCAUGGACCUUCUCAACUCCUCCACCAAUGGAACGGGAACCUUGGAUGUUAGCAUUGACGAGGUUGGAGAAGAUAUCGUGCCUUAUCCCCGCCGCAUCACCUUGAUAAAACAACUGGCCAAGAGUGUGAUUAUUGGGUGGGAUCCUCCUGUGGUCCCUCCUGGCUGGGGCUCCAUCAGUGGCUACAAUGUACUGGUGGAUAAAGAGAUUCGCAUGGGUGUUCCCUAUGGGGGCAGAACAAAGUCCUUAAUUGAAAAGCUCAAUUUGGCCACAAACACUUACCGCAUAUCAGUGCAAACCAUCACAGAUCGGGGCUUGUCGGACGAACUCCGGUGUACUGUUCUUGUUGGAAAGGAUGUGGUGGUGGCACCUUACUACCUGCGAGUGGACAACAUCACCCAGAGUUCUGCUGAGCUCUCUUGGAUGCCCAGCAACAGCAACUACAGCCACACAAUCUUCCUCAAUGGUGCAGAAUAUGAUAUGGUCAAGGCUGGAGGCUAUAGGUACAAGUUUUUCAACUUAAAGUCAAUGACAGUUUACAAGGUGAAAGUGGUCGCACAGCCACAUCAGGUGCCUUGGCAGCUUCCGGUGGAUCAAAGAGAGAAGAAGGAAAUCUCCGUGGAGUUCUGCACUCAGCCAGCAGGGCCUCCUCUGCCUCCUCAGGAAGUGCAGGUUCAGUGUGGUCAGACUCCAGGUGUCCUUCAGGUCAGAUGGAAGCCACCACCCCUGACAUCAUCAGGAACCUCCAAUGGGGCUAGUGUAAUAGGCUAUGCUGUGUGCACAAAGGGACAAAAGAUAGCGGAGGUGUUGUACCCCACAGCAGAUUAUGUGACCGUGGACUUAAACCGGAUUCAGGGACUGGAGGCCAGGGAGGUCAUUGUAAGGACGCUGUCAACCCAAGGAGAGUCCCAGGACUCGCCUGUGGCCCCUAUCCCCAACAACCUUUUGGGCUCUCCUCGUCUUUCCCACAGAACCACUGCAGCUCCCCAUCCCAUGACCCAACCAGUGCCACAGCCUCAUCCAGUCCACUCUCAAGUCCAUCCUCCUUACCCGUCAACUUAUCCCCCAAAUCAUCCUCAGCCCCAUGUACAGCCUCUGCCUCGAGUCCAGCCCCACACACUACCCCAUUCACAGCCCCACUCACAGCCCAUCCGCCACCCUCCUCAGCCUCAGGCUCAUUUCCCACACCACUCCAUGCCCAAACCAAAAUCAUCAUUAAGUGCCAGAGAACCAGAAACCAAAGAACAUGAGGUGGGCAUGCGGACUCCUCCACCCUGGGAACGCUCCCCCUCUCCACUACCCCCCAUGUGUGGAUCCAACCUGGAGCCACCAUACUUCCCACCACGGCGAUCGCCCUCUCCUCAAAGGAUCCUGCCACAGCCUCAGGGAGUCCCUAUCCCCAACACCAUCGCCAAGGCCAUGGCCCGAGAAGCUGCACAGAGAGCGUUUGCUGAGGCUAACCGGGUUGAGAAGAGGAAUAUCUUUAGUGAGCGAGUUAAUGCUUUGCAUCCACUUAAUUCUGAUGAGGAGGAGGAUGGCUAUGACUCUCCUCACACGAGGAGGAGAGGAGCCUCAGUGGAUGAAUUCCUCAGAGGUUCAGAGUUGGGCAGACAGUACCAUCAUCCUCAUCACCACUACAGCCACAGUGAGGAGUACCACACAGAGAGCAGCCGGGGCUCCGACCUUUCCGACAUAAUCGAAGAGGAUGAGGAAGAUCUUUACUCCGAGAUGCAGUUGGAGGAAGGCCGCAGGCGCAGCAUUAAUUCUCACAACUCCCUUAAGGCAUAUUACAAGCGUCAUGACUUAGCUGAGGAAAGAGACUGUUGGGAUCUCCAACGGGAGGUGGUGAAGCAGAAAUCGCUCCGGAGCAAGCGUCUGCACAGCAUCCCGGAGGUGGCCGAGGAAGAGUCCGACAGCGUGGACAGCAUAGGCCAGCGUCUGUCCUUUGAAGAUGGAGGACAACCAGGAAUGCCACACUCUCAGAGAAGGAUGUACCCCCAGGGCCCUCACACGAGGAACCAUCCCACCAGCAGCAAAAACUCCCGCCUGCAGCGCCAGCGCUCUUCCCCUCGCUUCACUGACACCCGCUUAGGCUACUGCAUUGAUGACCGCAGCUUUGGACGGCCCAAUCGUCAGAACACCAAAAGUCCUGAUAGCGGUUUAGACUGUGGUAGUGAGGAAGAAGGUUCACUAGGACGGAGCCAUCGUUGGUACUACACCCAUGGGAGCCCCAUACGUGGACCUGUGCGUAUCAUCCACUGCGAGGGCCCCGUAGAAAGACGGGCGCUGGCGAUGGGCCGCAAGAGAACACUGACCCGCCAGUGCAGCGUAGAGGAGGACUACUCUGAUGUCCCUGUCCUUUCAGCCAAGUCGGUACACACAGGUGACUUCAGGAACAGGGAACACUAUGGGCCUCGCCAGGAGGUUGGGCCCCGAUACGCCAGGGAGGGGGCGCUCAGCGAGGGCAGGCUGAACGAGCUGGACAGGGGCUAUAACAGCCCCCACAGGGAGGCUAGGGCGCACUCUUUGUCCAGGCUCAACCAGGACCAGUCGCUGAUCAUUGGGAACUCAACAUCACAUGGAAGCCCUGAUCGUCUGGACCAUUCUGGGAGGAGGCCGGUUCACAUCGGCACCCCUCCUCAACGACGGCCCAUCCCAUCUAUUGACAGCUAUGGCGGGCGCAGAUACGGGCGGGGACGGCGGUCGUUGGAAUAUUUUGAGGAGUCAGAGCCAGAGGACCUGACCCGUUUGUUUGUGGCUCUUUUCGAUUACGAUCCACUGUCCAUGUCUCCCAACCCUGAUGCAGCUGAUGAGGAGUUGCCUUUCAAGGAAGGCCAGAUCAUUAAGGUGUUUGGAUACAAAGACACAGAUGGGUUCUACAGGGCAGAAAUCCGAGACAGAGUGGGUCUGAUCCCCUGUAACAUGGUUUCCGAGAUCCAGACAGAGGAUGAUGAGAUGAUGGACCAGCUUCUCAAGCAGGGCUUCCUCCCUCUUAACACUCCUGUGGAGAAGUUAGUGAACUGUGAUCGUUUCAAAGAUGGCCACUCAGUAAAUCGGAGAUCCAGAAAGUCCAAGAGAGAAAGAAACAGGCGCAGUGGACGUCAGUAUUCCAUGUCGACGCGUAGAAUGGUGGCCCUGUAUGACUAUGAUCCCAGAGAAAGCUCGCCAAACAUUGAUGUUGAGGCUGAACUAACGUUCUGUGCUGGUGAUGUCAUCACAGUUUUUGAUGAAAUAGACGAAGAUGGAUUUUACUAUGGCGAGCUCAAUGGACACAAGGGACUUGUUCCUUCCAACUUUCUCGAAGAAGUGCCUGAUGAUGUAGAAGUUUUUCUCACUGAUUCGCCAUCUCGGUACCCCCAGGACGCGCCUGCCCGGAUAAAGACCAAAAGGAAGAAGAGUGUUCAUUUCACACCUUAAAGGCUCUGUUUCCGUCACGUAAGUGAGCAACUGAGGAUACCAAGAUUACGGUCCCCUGGUCUAAUGCAGAUGACAUGGGUAUCAUAAGUUUCUGGUAUGCAUCAUGUCUACUUUAUGUGACUUGCAAUGUCCUUAGCUGUUUUUAUUUUAUUUUAAAUAUAUAUUUUAUUUAUUUAAACCAAAACCACUCAGUCAUGUUGCUAGUAGGACAAAGUGACCCUGGCCAUUGCAUUAGACAAGAAGUAUGGUAUCUUCAGUUGUUUCCCUGAGUGUUGUACCUGAGAAUGUCCGUCUCCUGCAAUAAGUUUCCUGCUGUAACUCAUGACCAGCUAAAAGGCCCAUUUUGCACCAUGCCCUCUUAGCAAAAUAAACUCAGUGCAGUGCUGUUGCAGUAAAGUCAGGAUCCAGUGACAACAAAAAACACAAAACAAAUCCUGUUUAGACUUAAUUUAAUU